AUGACCAACACAAACAUCCUCAGCCUCGAGGCUGAAGUCCUCGCCCAUGUCCUUGAGUACGUUGACAACGAAUCCCCUCGCACGAUGGCAGCGGUGGCUCGAACCUGCAAGUACUUCAAUUUCGUGACUCAGCUUGUCCGCUACCGUCACAUCACCGUGCACUGGGACUGCGAACGGGAAUCCUGGGUUGACAUGGCCGGUCGCAAACAAGAAGAAUGGGAAACACCGGAACUCCUCCAAGGCUUGCGACACCUUACAGCCUGCAAGGGCGACCUCCCGGCGCUGAUCCUCGAGCUCGGCAACGGCGAUCUCCCCGGUGCCAGAAACCUUUGCGAGAAGCUGGACCGGCUGCAAAGUGUCCUCCGCAAUGCCAGCAAUCUGAAGACCUUGACUUGGAAGACCAGCUAUCUGCCAACCAAAGGCAUCGUCGAGACCUUGCAGGCCCAUCAGCCAAAGGUGAAACUGGACAUCUUCCGUGCCAGGAGACUGGGGCUCGCACAAAUCCCACUGGAAUCGGAAAAGGUCCUGGCGGCAGCGACUUGUUUGAACUCGUUGUCGAUGACCACCAUGCAGGCCACGUGUAUCGAAGAUCAUUUGGUCUUUCACAUGAUUUUGAAAUCGGCCCCAAACCUGGAAUUCGCCUCGAUACUUUCUUUUCCCCCGAUGGAGUCGUACAGUCCCACCGUCACCUUCCUCCGACCCAAUCUCGACAGCUGGUUUCCUCCGGAUCUGGAGGGGAAGCAGGGCACAUCGCUUCGUCACCUGACCUUGGAUGGUUGGGGAAUCUCUGCUGAAUGCCUGGAGUUCUGGUCCGAGUACGUCAAUCUGGCAAGCCUGCGAGGCUUGAAGUGUAGCAGGGGUCCUAUCUAUUCGUCCUUUUUCGACCGCGCCCCCAAACUGCUAACGAAUCUGAAGAGUUUCAGCACGAACCUUGGCGCGGAGCCUCGGUCCGACGUAUUUUUGAGAGCAGUAAAAGAAUAUAUUGCCACCUGCCCACCUUUGGAGACGUUGAGUCUCUGGUCGUGGAGGGGGAAAGUGCCAUUGUCCACCAUUUUGAAUCGUCAUGGAGCGACUCUUCGGGACCUUCAGCUUCACGAGUGUGAAGCCCCUGAAAGUAUUCAUCCCAGAGACGCUUUCUCGGCAGAGGAACUUCAGUCGAUCCGGCUUUCGUGUCCCAGGCUAAAGGUACUUACCCUUGACCUCAACCGAGUCUCGGCGCAACUCAGAGUCGAGGAAUACGAGGCGAUCCUUGACGAGCUCCGUAAAAUGAACCUUGACAAGAUCCAAAUCUAUGUUGAGAACGGUCUGCCAUGGUUCCGUCAAGCGGACCUGCAGAUAAUCACCAGGGAGAGCAGUUGGAUGGAGGCUCUUCGUCGCGUGGAUAACGAUCAAACAGAUAUCCGCCUGCCCAGUGGGUGUGAUUUCGAUGGUGCUUUUGGACAUGCCUUGCCUGUGACGGUCCAGAACAGUGACCGGAGUUGGCCCCAUCUUUCAUGUGACGAGGAGCUUACGUUGCUGCCUCCGACCUCGUACGUGGCCCUCUGCCGUUUUCUCAUCGGUGCCUGGAAGAUCAUCUUUGGCUCGAGGACCUGGGGCCCCCGACAACUCGACGUCAAGUUGGGAGAGUGGGAGAAGAAGUAUCAACCUACGGAUUAUUAUAUCCGAGAAUUGAGGAGGGAUAGUCGAGCUUGGGUCCGAGCCAAACCGCACGAGAGGGACGACAUGGUUGGGGAGUGCUUUGUCGAACUCGAAUGCUGUGGUGGGGACCAUAAGAGGAAAUUUUCCAGUCGCUAG